AUGGGCUUCAAAUUCACCUUCUUGUGUGAUCUGUUGACCAGCCUAGAUGACAGCAGAACGGCCAAGGCAUCCACGGUGGCCAAGAAUGAUAAUCCUGAUAUUAGAACAGUCGCGCAGUGGUUCUCUCGACAUGAACGGACCAUUCAUAACGCCAGCACAGACCGUGUGGCGUUGCUCUCGUGCAUGUUCCCCGAAAAACGCACGGACCGAGUAUACUGGCUGCAAGCUACGCAGCUAUCGAGAGUUAUUGGCCGCUGCUUGGGCUUGGGAUCGUGCCGACUUUCCGAACUCAAUAGAUGGCAAAGACCUGGUGGUUCUGAUCUCGGAAGGUGUGUCGAAAUUGUCAUGCGGCAAGCCGAGAAUUACAUUCCAGCCGGCCAGGAGUUGUCGGUAGAAGAAGUCGAUCGCGCCAUGGCUAUGAUUGCAUCACGCUGCCGCUUCUCUGGCCCUCAUGCCCGCCGGAAUCGUACAGCUGUGGAUGUUGAAGAGACCUUAUCAAAGCUGUACCGUCGAUCGAGUAGCCGCGAUGCCAAAUGGCUCACUCGCAUGAUUCUCAAAAGCUACUCCCCCGUCGUUUUCCCAGAAAAGUACACCCUGAAGAAAUUUCACUUUCUUCUGCCGCAACUGCUCCAGCUUCAGAACUCCUUUGAAGGGGCGUUGGAGAUGCUCGCUUCAGACCCAAUAAACCACUUCCCUCCGAACCCGGAUCCCCAAACAGCCAAGAGUCUUAGCACCAUUGCUCUACAACAUAUGCGUCCUCGUCCUGGUAUCAAGGUGGGACGACCUGACUAUUACAAAGCUCGGAGUAUCAAACAUUGUCACCAAAUGGCCAAUGGUCGUCGAAUGAGCAUUGAACGGAAAUACGAUGGUGAAUACUGUCAGAUUCACGUCGAUCUCUCUAACAAGUAUACCCCCAUCCAGAUCUUCUCCAAAAGUGGCAAGGACUCGACCGCCGAUAAAGAUAAAAUCAUACCUGUGAUAGAAGAAACGCUCCGCACUGGAUUGCCUGACUGCAAAUUUGCGCACCGAUGUAUCGUGGAGGGAGAGCUGCUUGUAUGGAAUGACCAGAAUUGUGACCUGAUGGACUUUAGCAAAAUUCGAAGGUUUAUUCCACGAUCUGGCAUUAUGAUUGGGGUUGAUAAUGAUUCUCCGCCGCAACCGUACGAGCACUUGAUGAUCAUGUUCUUUGACAUUCUCCUCCUCGAUAACGACGUAUGCCUUGCCAAGCCGCAUCGGGAAAGACGACUACUCUUACAACAAGUAGUAAAGACCAUCCCAGGCCGGGCGGACCUUGCCUAUCAGGAAGUUCUGGACUUCAACCGACCUGAUAGUUACCAUCGGCUCGAACGGAGUUUCGAGAAAGCAAUUACUAAACGUUGGGAGGGAUAUGUCUUGAAGGCUUCUGAUGAGCCUUAUUUUCCGACAUACUCUACUGAUACGGAUCAUGUGUGUGGCCGGUGGAUCAAACUCAAGAAAGAUUAUAUACCCGGUCUUGGAGACACAUUAGAUCUUGCAUUGGUCGGAGCUAGCUACAACACGCGGGACGCUCCUGAUCUGGGAAAAAUACAAGGGCUGAAAUGGACUCACUUUUUUGUUGCCUGUCUUCUGAACCCAGACCAUGUCAAAGAGCGCGGUGAUUUGCCGCGUUUCCGAAUCAUUGAUGUGAUUAACCGGCAUUGCAUGAGCAUUCAGAACAUGCAAACCCUCAAUCAAAUCGGCGAGUUUCAUGCACGUCAACCUGAGAAUUUCGAAUGGUUUCUCAUUGAGUACGGGCACCAGGCCCUUCCCCUUGCAACAACCUUGUUCAAGCAGCCCUUCAUCGUCGAAAUGCUGGGCAGUGGAUUUGAAAAGCCGUCUGGUGCGAGAUACUCCACACUUCGAUUUCCUCGGAUUUUGAAAAUCCACUCGGACCGAACACUGGAAGAGUGUACGUCAUUCCAUGAACUGCUGCUUUCGGCAGAACAUGCCCGGGCUGUGCCUGCGGAUGAACUUGAAGAACGCGAGAAAUGGGCAAGACGCCUCGAGGCUUGCAGUGGACUUAAUCAGUAUAUUGUGCGAUCUCCAAGCCCAGAAGCGACUUGUUCAGACACCGACGAGGAAACCCAUUCCCCGUCAUCCCAGGUUCCCCAAGCCACCACUACUUCUGAAGAAAGUUUUAUGGACGCACGUCCAUUGAUGGAAGGGCUGCGUGAAGAUUCGAUACGAAAAGGGAGCCAUGGUAAUUCAUACAAUGACUAUCCUCUGCCCCUACUAGUCUACGUCGAUGAGACAAUGCCUCCCACGCAAAAUGAUGAAAACCCUGUUGUUGAGAAUAGUGUACUCGUCGACAAUGAGAACCUGUCGUCUCGUCAACAUUCCAGCCAGAAGGAAGGAAAGAUCGCGUCGCAGAAAUCUUCGGACUUUUUACAUCCCGUGCGGACAACCAGUUUCAUAUCCGCACACGAGCACUUUCAACAGUCACACGAGUCGCAGGAAUGGCUUCCGGAUAAGCCAUUGGUGCCAACAUCAUCCAAGCACAAACGCAAGAUGUCACCCCAAUCUCCUUUGACGACUAUCCCCAUAUGGACGCCUGAAACAUCACUGGGAAGUUUUACACUCCCCAAAAUUGAUGAAGAAUCCAACGACGAUCACGAAUAUUGUGAUUUGGAUGAAUUUGUUGAGUGUCUCUGCUCUGAUGAAUCUGCUUCUUCCCUCCGACAGUCCAACCCUUAUGCUGCAUCACAGGGGACAGGAUAUGGCAUUGCCCUGUUUGAUCCCAAAGCAACUCAACUAGGGAAAGAAAUGCAUCGUCUCGCCAAAACCCUUUCCAGUUUCGUCGAUACUGGAACAGGUCCACUGCCCUCCAUAGGAAGCAUAUUCUUUUUGGGAUCAAGCAUGCUGGAACAUGAUCUAUGCCCCGGUGACCUUCGUUUCUGUUUGCGUGAUACAUGGACAAGUAUCGGACGUGAUCAUUUCUAUGGCUGUCUUUCAUGGAGUCUCAGCAAGCGAUCUGAUGGCAUAUCCAUGGGAAGAGAGCAACUACGCUCUGAUUCGGAUCGCCGUCGUUGUGACACGCCAAAGGAGCCACCAGAGCACGGAGGCUCUGGACCAAGGAGCCCAUGGAUUGAGAUGACCUUUGAUGAAACUGCCAUUGCUGUGUUGGGCGAGUAUAGCUCGAUCGAACCUCUAGCUCAUGUUUUAUAUAGUUGA